AUAAAUGUGUUAACUACAGUAAAUCUUAAUAUUAAACAAAUUUUCAGUAUUUUAAAAGAAUUAAUUUGUCUAGUUUUUCUACAGAACCGUUGAACAGAAUUUAUAAAGUUGGGCUAGAUAAUAACUUGAUGAAAAAAGCGUGACACUCCGUUCCAGUUAUUAGCCAGUUGGCUUGUAAAGUAACUAGACAAUUUCAAGCGCGACUGGACAGUUCCUUUAUAAUAACUAGGACAAAUUUCUACUAGGGAAUCGGUACUGUGGAAUUAUUCAUAAGUGACUAAUUCAAAAUUAAAGAAAAGAUAUUCUAAGUUUGAUUUAAGCAACAUAUUUUUGAUUCAAAUAAAUGGUUUUCACAGUGAAAUAAGGAUCUUUUUAAUACUAUAGUAACCGACUAACAAAAUCUGACUAGUUGGAUAGUCGAAAAUUACUAACUUAAGUAUAUCGAUUUCUAAAUUCAAAUUAGUAAUCGCAAGAAGUUUCACUAAUUCAUUACUUAAUGAACGAACCGGUUUAACCGAUUUAAAGCGAAAACUGACUAUUUUCGCACCUUGUAAAUAUAAAUAUAUUCAAAGAUGUUGAUUUUUUUAUCGUUUUAAUUAAACAGAAAGAGGGUCAAGUGAGGAACGGGAAGGGGGUUAUUUGAGUCUAACAAAAGAUUAAAAAUUCCCGUUUUUCUCAAAGGAAGAUUGAAUCGAGCGAGUCACCAGGUGCAAAUAAAGUAAAUCCGUUCCUGGUACUCUGGAUCGACGGUAGUGGGAAGCGGCAGAUUCGUACGUGUCUCGGGGACGACACCACUCGCGCUACCCGGCUUUGAGGAACGCGCCAGUCUGACUUGGAACUUGGUCCGUGUCGGCGCGCAUUCUCUAAUGCUCAGUUUAUCGUGUUUCCACCCCAAACACGCGGGUGAAUGUCAUUUUUCAACCCUCCCCUCUCCAUAUACAUACACACACACACUCGACAAAGUGCGACGCAAUAGAAAAUAACUAUCCUCGACAUUUCAAGUAUACAUGUAUAUAGAGCCGCGGAAAUUCAAUUGUUACUAUUUUUCUCGCCCACAAUAACACAAAAUAAGAUAAUCUUGUUCGAAGAAGCAAAAUAUUGUCAAGUACUUUUGGAAGAGGAUAUACUAUUGCAAGAGGAUAUAUUAGAUACAUAUAUAUUAUUGAAAGUGAAAGAAGUGAUCAUCCUUUGAGCGCGGAUAAAUGUGAUACCUACACUAAUCCCGCUUAUACGAACUUGCCUUUUGAACUGUGAAUACAAGUGUUACUUAAGUCAGAAACAAAAAUAGAUUAAAUCUAUUUUUCAACCUGUUACAAAUCGUUUAUAUAACAAAAGAUAACUGACACAGAGUUUAUAAUAGAAGAGAGAUAGCAUCUGUUGUUAAAUUAUUAUUAUUAUUAGUAAUUAAAAAGAAAAAAUUCAUGUUAAUAAAAGAGAAGAAAAUUGAGGCGAAGGAAAUGACGAAGAAGUGUAAGAUUUGUGAGUUGUUUGGUGAGAAUCAAGUGGCAAAUCAUGGAUUAAGUCAUCCGUGUCAUUUGGCAAAUUUGCAACAGUCAAACAUCCUCAAUUUGGGCUUGAAUUAUGAUUCCGACACAAACUACGUGAAUCACGGUUUACUAAAUGGUCUUUAUCUGCCGCAACUCAAGGAUAUGAUGCUCGCCGCCUACUUACUUAGAGGUAAGGUUUUGACAAUGGAUUUGUAUCUAUUCCUCUCUUCUUUCAUGGUACGAUAAGGUAUAACAAUUUUUU